AUGUCAAAAGUCAUGCCUUUUUCUCUUUUCAGGGAAUGCUAUCGAGCACAACAGCACAUACAGAAAAAAUGUUUGAAACCUCAAAGUGUAAAAUGGGAUCAGAAAGCACUCAGAAGCAGAACUUUUGAGAUGUUUAAUGGAUCUUCAUUUAAUAUGUCAUGUUUAAAACAAUCAAGGAAACACGUAUAUCAUGAUAUAUGGAAUGAUAAACGGAAUAAUGUUGCUAUUUCGAAAGAAAAUCUUCAAUUUAUUUUCAAGAUGUACGUACGUCAUUCAGUCGAUAUAAAUCUUCCAUAUAAUUUUAUUAUUCAUGAUGAUGAUGAUGAAAUUUUUUUACACAACCAGCAGAAAAACAUAUCGGGAUCAUGGCUUAAUAUAUUUUUAUUCUUGUUCGUCUCUAGCAAUUCUCUUUCAAUGUUCACCCAUAGAAAAUGCUAA